AAGAAGAACACAAAUUUCCACUGUUUCCUCACCAUCGCCUCCUCCAUUUUCUUGGCACUCUGCUUAUAAUUAUCAUUAUUUUCCAAAAAUUAAAAUAUUUAUCUGUCCAAAAAAAUUUCCAAUUUUUGCUCAUAAACACAAUUUCCCCGCCAUUUGCUUUUGGUUUGGCCUCUCUCUCUCUCCCCUUUCUUCCUCCAUCGCUAGGGCUCCAUCUUCUUCUCUCCCGCUUUUCCUCUCCUCUGUAAAACUCACCUCCUUCUCAAUUCAACCUUGAUUUCACUUCCUUCAACCUUUUUACUCUACAUGCUCUUCCUCUCCGGCUUUCUUCUCCAUGAGUUUGCCGCUCUCUGCUUCUGCUUCUUCCUCUGCCUCUACCUCCUCCAACCGCGGCAUCGGCUUGUCUAAUACUAUACACUCUGAAGUUGCUCCUUGCUUGCCUUUGCCAUCACUUCCGGUCUUCUUUGGCGCCUCUGACCCUCACCUUCGCCUCUCCGAUCACCCCGACGCUACCUAUGCUACCUCCACCUCUGAUCUUCUCCCUCACUCUAGGAAGAUCGCUGAUCUGCUUCUUGCUACUGAUGUCUCUUACUUAAAUCUCAGAGAAGAUGCUAAGGUUCUUCAAGAAGGGCCUGUGGAGCCUUUUGAACUCUAUGAGGAAGUUCUACGCCAUGAUGGUGACGCCUUCAGUUAUACUGCUCCAGGUCCUAUUAUGGAUCAUGUCUCCAGCAGUACGGCACCUGAUAGGAAAGUUUUUGAGCAAAGACUACCUAUUAGAAAUCAAGUUGAAGGAGACUCUAGAACAACUCAAAGUCAUAAGACUGAACCUGAAACUAUGCCUACUAAUGAUACACAAAUAUCAUCUUCUAGAAAAGUAAAAACUAAGAAGAAAGGCCGUGAUGAAACUUCUUCUGGUAGAACAGACUCUUCUGAGCUUCAAGACAACACCCUUGCAAACACUUGCGAGUUCUUGGAGGACUUUUGUGGUAGAGCUGAAAUUGUCGACGAUGAUCGUGAUGAAUCAGAGUGGCUGGCUCUUCCUCUUACUGAUCUUCGAAUGCUUGUCAAUGAAAUAAUGUCUAUACGUUCGAAGAAACUUCUUCAUUUGGUUCCUCUAGAUAUGCUGACGAGGCUGUUGAAGGUUCUAGAUAAUCAGAUACAUAGAGCAGAAGGAUUAUCUGUUGAAGAAUGUGAACAUUCAGAUUCAGAUGCAGUUGCAGCCAUCUUUUGUGCUUUGGAGUCCAUACAUGCAUCUCUGGCAAUAAUGGCUCACGACCAAAUGCCAAAGUUGCUUUACAAAGAAGAGAUCAUAGAGAGAAUUCUAGAGUUUUCCCGACGCCACAUAAUGGAUAUUAUGUGUGCUUAUGAUCCUUCAUAUCGUGCAUUGCAUAAAGUCAGUGAAAAUGGUGCGUUUGAAGUCAUUGAAGACGAAGAAGAUGGUGACUAUGGUUCAUCGACUAAGAAACGUCGUGCUGUUAAGACUACUAAAAUUAGGAAGCCUGCACUCAACAAGGUAUCUAAUGCUGUUAACACUAUUCUUCAGAAGAUGUGCACCAUUCUCGGUUUACUUAAGGAUUUGUUGUUAAUAGAGAGAUUACCAGAUAGCUGUAUUCUUCAAUUAGUGAAAACGAGUUUUUCUACUUUUUUGGUGGACAAUAUUCAGCUCCUGCAACUUAAGGCAAUUGGUUUAAUUUGUGGGAUAUUUUAUUCAUAUACACAACAUCGUAACUAUUUGAUAGAUGAAUUAGUUCAGAUGCUCUUCAAAUUGCCAUCCACGAAACGAGCUUUAAGAGCAUAUCAUCUACCGGAAGAAGAACAACGUCAAAUUCAAAUGAUUACUGCCCUGUUGAUUCAAUUAGUACAUUAUAGUGCAAACCUCCCUGAAGCUUUGAGGCAAGCGUCAGAUAGUCAUUCCAUUUUUGAAGUUUCAGUUGACAGUAGUUGCCCAACCAAAUGCCAUGAAGCAGCUACAGAGGCAUGCUGUCUUUUCUGGACUCGUGUACUUCAGCGGUUUGCUAAUGUGAAGACUCAAGAUGCAUCUGAAGUGAAAGUAAUGAUGGAAAAUAUGGUUUUGGAUCUACUCACAACAUUAAAUUUACCUGAAUAUCCUGCAUCAGCUCCUAUUUUGGAGGUUCUUUGUGUGUUAUUACUUCAAAAUGCCGGACUGAAAUCUAAAGACAUCUCUGCUCGUUCUAUGGCCAUUGAUUUUCUUGGCAUGAUUGCUGCAAGGUUGAAACGUGAUGCAGUCAUUUCUGCCACAGACAAGUUUUGGAUAUUGCAAGAGUUGGGAAAUAAAGAGGAUGUUGCUGAUCAGAGUUACCCUAAAGAUGUCUGUUCUAUUUGCUUGGAUGGCAGGGUGGAAAAGUGUAUCCUUGUUUGUCAAGGUUGUCAGAGGUUAUUUCAUGCAGAUUGCAUGGGAGGAACUGGAAGGGAAAAUGAAAUUCCUAACCGGGGCUGGUUCUGUCAAAUUUGUCACUGCAGAAAACAACUUCAAGUCUUACAAUCAUAUUGCAAAUCCCAAUGCAAGAAUGAUAGUGAGAAGCGGAAAGAUUGGUCAGAUAAAGGUUCCAAUGCUUCGUGGCUUGUUUCAAACAUUGAAAUUGUUCAGCAGUUGCUUCUGAAUUACCUCCAGGAAGUUGGUUCCACAGAUGAUCUUCAUCUAUUUGUUCGCUGGUUCUAUCUCUGCCUUUGGUACAAAGAUGAUCCAAAAUCUGAGCAGAAAUUUAUUUACUAUCUCUCUAGACUGAAAUCUAUGGCAAUAGUGAGGGAUGGUGGCAAUACUUCCUCUUUAUUGACUAGGGAUUCAGUUAAGAAAAUCACUCUUGCACUAGGACAAAAUAAUUCUUUCUCUAGAGGUUUUGAUAAGAUUCUUCACAUGCUUCUGGCAAGUUUAAGGGAAAAUUCUCCAGUAAUUAGGGCCAAGGCUUUAAGAGCGGUCAGUAUAAUUGUUGAAGCUGAUCCAGAGGUAUUGGGAGACAAACGUGUGCAACUGGCUGUGGAAGGAAGGUUUUGUGAUUCUGCGAUAUCUGUCAGGGAAGCAGCUUUGGAACUUGUUGGCAGACACAUUGCCUCACAUCCUGAUCUUGGUUUUAAGUAUUUUGAAAAGAUUUCUGAGAGAGUCAAAGAUACUGGAGUUAGUGUGAGGAAACGAGCCAUCAAAAUCAUUCGAGAUAUGUGCACGUCAAAUGCAAAUUUCGCAGAAUUUACAAGGGCAUGCAUAGAGAUCAUUUCUCGAGUUGGUGAUGAUGAGUCAAGUAUUCAGGAUCUUGUUUGUAAGACAUUCUAUGAGUUCUGGUUUGAGGAGCCUUCCAGUUCACAAACACAGUUCUUUGGUGAUGAUAGCUCAGUUCCAUUAGAAAUAGCCAAGAAAACUGAGCAAAUUGUUGAAAUAUUGAGGAAAAUGCCAAAUCAUCAACUUCUUGUGACUAUUAUUAAGAGAAACUUAGCCCUUGAUUUUUUCCCACAAUCAACCAAGGCUGUUGGUAUCAACCCUGUUUCCCUCACAUCAGUUCGUAAGCGAUGCGAGUUGAUGUGUAAGUGCUUACUGGAAAGGAUAUUGCAGGUGGAGGAGCGAAGUAACAUGGACACUGAAGUGCGGGCACUUCCAUAUGUAUUGGUCUUGCACGCCUUUUGUGUUGUGGAUCCAAUGCUCUGUGCGCCUGCAUCCAACCCAUCCCAGUUUGUGGUCACUCUCCAACCUUACCUCAAGAGCCAGGUUGAUAAUCGAGUGGUUGCCCAUUUACUCGAGAGUAUCAUAUUCAUAAUUGAUGCAGUCUUGCCCUUGCUACGAAAAUUAUCUCCAAAUGUUGCUGAAGAUCUAGAACAAGACUUGAAACAGAUGAUUGUUCGGCACUCCUUCUUGACAGUUGUACAUGCUUGCAUCAAGUGUCUUUGCUCUUUGAGUAAGAUAGCAGGUAAAGGUGCAUGGGUUGUAGAGUAUCUUAUUCAGAUGUUUUUUAAACGCUUGGAUUCUCAAGGGGUUGAUAACAAACAGCUAGUAGGACGCUCACUCUUCUGUCUUGGGUUACUUAUUCGCUAUGGUAGUCCUUUGCUGAGCAAUUCCAGCAAUAAGAAUGUUGAUAUUACCAAGAGCCUUAGCUUGUUAAAGAUGUACCUGCAGACGGAAGAUUUGGUUAUUAGGGUUAGAGCGCUGCAGGCUUUGGGAUUUGUUCUUAUUGCGAGGCCUGAAUUUAUGCUUGAAGAAGAUGUUGGGAAAAUUGUAGAGGAAUCAUUGUCAUCUGGUUCUGAUGUUCGUCUUAAGAUGCAAGCAUUGCAAAAUAUGUAUGAUUACCUUCUUGAUGCGGAAGGUCAAAUGGGAACAGAUGAAGCUGGUGAUGGAGCUGGCCCUGACACUGUGGAGGGUGGCCAAAGUGUACCUGUUGCUGCUGGUGCCGGAGAUACCAACAUUUGUGGUGGUAUUGUUCAGUUGUAUUGGGAAAGGAUUCUGGGACAAAGCUUAGAUUUAAAUGGUCAAGUUCGUCAAACUGCCCUCAAGAUCGUGGAAGUGGUGCUUCGCCAAGGUCUUGUCCAUCCGAUUACUUGUGUUCCUUAUCUUAUUGCACUUGAAACAGACCCCUAUGAGGCAAAUGCAAAGCUGGCUCACCACUUAUUGAUGAAUAUGAAUGAGAAGUACCCAACAUUUUUUGAGAGCCGCCUGGGGGAUGGUCUUCAAAUGUCAUUCAUUUUCAUUCAAACUAUAAGCCGUGGUUCUGACAAUGCAAAUAAAAAAGUUCAAUCCAAGGGCUCUAGCAAUUUGAAAAGUAGAUCUGAUGGAAGUUCAUUGACUCAAGCAAGACUUGGAGUUUCUCGAAUUUACAAGCUCAUACGGGCAAACCGUGUUUCAAGGAACAAUUUUAUAUCUUCCAUUGUGCGAAAGUUUGACAGCCCACGGAUGAAUGACUCUAUGAUACCUUUCCUUAUGUAUUGUGCAGAAAUACUUGCAUUGUUACCAUUUACAUUCCCCGAUGAGCCCUUAUAUUUGAUUUAUGCUAUUAAUCGAAUAAUACAAGUAAGAGGAGGAGCACUUCAAGAAGAGAUCAAAGCAUUGAGUGUUCAUUUGUUACAAAGGAAUACCCAGAAUGUUACAUAUGAAAAUGGAAUGAUUCAGCUUCCACAACCUGGGUUAUUUUCUGAUAAUAUAAUUUUAUCAGAUAUGAAUGGAUCAGCGGAGCUUGAUCAGCCUCGUCCUAUUUGCAAUUUCAUGUCGAUGGAUCUGAAUCAGCAAAUACCACCAGAGUCAGCUGCCCAUCAUGAAUUGAACAAUAAUAGUUCUAAAUUGGAGGGAAAACUCCACAACAUUUCCUCGAUGGAUUCAUUUAGUAUCUCAAAAGACGAUCUUCAGAAGAUUCAGACCAUGAGCCUGGCAGCUAUUGCACUGCAGCUUCUUCUGAAGCUAAAGAGACAUCUAAAAAUCGUGUACAGCCUGAACGAUGCUCGAUGCCAGUCUUUCAAUCCAAAUGAACCACCGAAACCUGGAGAGUUUCUGUCCAAGCAGAAUGUUCCUUUCGACAUCAGCGAAACAUGCACAACUUUGCCAACAACUUAUCAAGAAUUCAUACAAAGUUAUCAGGAUUUCAAGAACACGCUUAGGGACGAUGCAUUCGAUUACUCCACUUACACUGCAAACAUUAAAAGGAAGCGUCCUACUGUAAGAAAAGGACGGAAAUCUACAAUGGGUGGCGAUGACGAUGACAAUGACGAUGAUGAGGAUUGGAGCGGAGGCAGGAGAUUGAGUAACAGUGGGAGGAAAAGUAACUAUAGCAUGAGAGGAAGUAGACAACGAUGAAGAUAGGUGUAAGUAAAUUGUAAUAUGCAUAGUUUUAGGCUAACUUGUACAUUAAUCAAGUGAAAUAGAAUAGAGAGAUAGGGAAUAGAAUGACAGGGAAGGAAAGAGAAAAAGGGGGGGGGGGGGGGGGGGGGGUAGGUAAUCAAAUCAAUGUGGAAACAGCCAAUAGAAAAAGUUGAGAGCCAGUUUUUCUGUAGUUGUUUCCAUCAUGUAAUUUGUUUUAUUUUUGGGCAAUAUAAUAUUGGUUGCAUUCAUUUGUUAAUGGAAAAGUUCAACCUUCAUUACACAUUAGAUUCCGUAAUUUUGUUUAGGAAAAUUGCUUUUGAAUUCAAAUGCUGCAUAUGAUAGCAUCUAACAAAUAAUAUGCCUUUUUGGAUGUAAAA